AUGACAUAUUCGGGCCUCCCUCGGAGGAAACAUGCUCCAGGAGAUGACAACUCUGGCCGCAAGUCCUACCUGUACUAUGCGCAGCGGCGAAAGCUGCACCUGGAAAGCGGGCCAACGCUACCGAAAUACUCGCCAAAUACCAAUGUUUCUGCGGCAUCAGUGAGAGGGAAAUGGGUGAGAUUUUGCACCGAGGCAUGCCUGGACCCGGACGAUCUCCUAAAAAACAUGACUUCAGCAGACGUCAAAUCCUGGUUCGACUGGAUCGAAAAGAACUUCAAAGGGUCUAUCAAAGCCCACAGCGCGCUUGCCAACUACUGGAGAACUUUGAAGAGGCUAUACUCUUUGAAAAACCGCCGGGAGAUGGAUGCAGAUAUGAGGAGAGAUUGCCUCAACGUAGGUGAUGGUCUCCAAGUACCUAUUCAUGAGAUCUAUCUAAUGGCAAGCCCUAGUAUAUGA